AUGAGCGUGAAGUUGCCUCACGUGGCAGUCCUGCUGCUGCUGGUGGUGUUCUGGGUGGUGCUCGUCGCCGGCUUCACCACGACCCUCUUCGAGUCCCCGGCCCUGCACCUGACUAAUGUGGGUGCCGCCAGAGUGCACAGCAUUUCCCUCCUCGGGGUGACGAUGCCGGUGAACCUGACGCUGCCAGGUGCCAGCGUGGACGUGAUGAUCAAGCAGGACAUGUUCCACGUGUACUUCAACCUGGACCUGCUGCUGCCAAUAGGGCUGGGGGAGGAGCAUGUGGCGAUGAAGUACAAUCUAGAUGAUAUACCGUGCAAGGAGUACAGCAGCAACUACAAAGUUGGGCAGGUCUUCUCCCUGUUAGCCAUCUUUUCCUGCCUCUUCACGAUUCUCUUCGCAGUUGGUGUCAUGUUUACACAUGUGAUGCGUCCCUUUCUGUGGCUCACCGCGUGGACCACCGCCAUCUUCACCUCGGUGGCGACCUCCGUGUUGCUGAAGACGCUGUGUGACGGCUUCUGCCUCGACAACCCCUCGCAACGAAUCCCGGAGGCGGUCUCCUUCGCCGUGCCGUCGGGAGGCUUCGCGCUCUACAUAAUGGCGUCUCUUGCAUUCGGCUCCAUCGCCGUCAUCACAGCAUGUGCGUGA